AUGGAGCACAAGCUAUCAGCAAAAGCAAUCAAAAUACGCCACCGUCUAACCUUCACCAAAACCAACUCUGCACGAGGCCUGGAAUCACCACUAGUCUUGCCCAUCGAAGCCAAUCCACCAAGCAGUCGUCCCCGAUCAGCGACAAAUACCGGGUCUCCCACCCAGGAAGAGUCAACCCAGGAGGAGCAAACAUGGAAAAUCAGUGAGCCGGAUCCCAGCCGGGGCUACAGUUUUACAGACGACCCGGGCUAUUUCCGUCCUGCAUCGCCAUUCAUCGAUCGCCAGGAGAUCGAAGAAGACCUCGAAGAUGAUAUCAAACACGCAUGCGCCAUGCUUUCUUACAGCAUUGACCGUGGUCUUUCCACCGGAUUGUCCCACCAGAGCGUCAUGCCAUUCUGGACAGAUGGACAAAAUCCCGCUGGUCAGCCUAGUGUCAAUACAGCUGCUUUAUCUUUAGAACAGCAUGUCCUUCUUCUGUCGGCGCCCAAACCAAUCAAGUCCGAAACAGAAAGCACCAAAAAACAUGAUUCCGGAGUUGGUAUGAGCUUUAAUUCGCCCAGCCAACCUAUGAGACCAUACGACAACAGCGCAUCGAGAACAGAUACCUCAGCCCGGUUCUACAACAAACAACCCUCCGCCUCACCACCACACAGUCCAUCAGCAUCAGAACACCGCUCCCGAAGCCAGAGUCUAACAACAACAGCCGAACAUAACCAAUGGGAGCGUACCUACUCUUCAAGCCUGGUUCCAUUCCCAUACAGUCCUCCCCAGCUGAACAGCGAGUGGAAACUCGAGCCAAUGACGCCAGACAGCCCAGUCAGUUCACUCAAUGAAAUCGACAGAAAGCUCGAAGCCACAGAUACAAAUGACAAACCUGAGACAUUCUCUCCAACCAUAUCCCCACAAGGCGUACGCUUCAGCGGGGUAGACAGGACCUGGCGUCGCGCUAGCAGGGACCCCCAACGCCUCAACGAAGAACAAACGACAACAAUGCAAGCCAAAGAGCCAAAGCCAAUGAUCCGCUUCUACAGUUCCCACAACCAACCAGCAGGGACAUUCAACUCCCGUGAAUGGCUGGAGAAAAAUUUCUGGGAUCGCGACCCGAGCGUUUACAGCGACGUCUCACUAGCUUCACCGCUGGACGCUGAAACGGGCACAGUCUCAAGACCGGAAACAGGUAACCCGAGAUUGGGUAAUCCUUCGACGAAUGAGCAAGAGUCGCGUGAUGGAUACCCAUCUAGCCGCGCGAUGUCUUACUCGGCCUCUUGUUUGGUGGAUGAGUCUAAGCACCGGGAACGUGUUUACUCUGUUGAUGUGCCCGGUUUGCCGCCUAAAAAUAACCGGCGGAAGAAGGCCUCGCUUUUGUUGAGGAAAUUGGCGGGACUAGGGAUCAAGAAGAAGGAGAAUAACAAUGAAAAUGAGGUCUGCUGA